AUGGUUACAUGGGACAUCUAUCUAUCUAUCUAUCUAUCUAUCUAUCUAUCUAUCUAUAAAAGUCUUUACAUAUCCAUCUCUCUAUCAUCUAUCUCAUUCUUUACAUAUCUCUAUAUCUCACUCUUUACAUAUAUACCUUUCUCACUUUUUACAUAUCUAUCUAUCUAUCUAUCUAUCUAUCUAUCUAUCUAUCUAUCUCAGUCUUUACAUAUCCAUCUCUCUACCAUCUCACUCUUUACAUAUAUACCUAUCUCACUCUUGCCAUAUCUAUCUAUCUAUCUAUCUAUCUAUCUAUCUAUCUAUCUCAGUCUGCUUAUAUCUAUCUAUCUAUCUAUCUAUCUAUCUAUCUACCAUCUAUCUCACUCUUUACAUAUCUCUAUAUCUCACUCUUUACAUACAUAUCUAUCUGACUCUUGCCAUAUCUAUCUAUCUAUCUAUCUAUCUAUCUAUCUAUCUAUCUAUCUAUCUCAGUCUGCUUAUAUCUAUCUAUCUAUCUAUCUCAGUCUUUACAUAUCCAUCUCUCUACCAUCUAUCUCAAUCUUUACGUACAUAUCUAUCUCACUCUUGCCAUAUCUAUCUAUCUAUCUAUCUAUCUAUCUAUCUAUCUAUCUAUCAAAGUCUUUACAUAUCCAUCUCUCUACCAUCUAUCUCAUUCUUUACAUAUCUCUAUAUCUCACUCUUUACAUAUAUACCUUUCUCACUUUUUACAUAUCUAUCUAUCUAUCUAUCUAUCUAUCUAUCUAUCUAUCUAUCUAUCUAUCUAUCUAUCUAUCUCAGUCUUUACAUAUCCAUCUCUCUACCAUCUAUCUCACUAUUUACAUACAUACCUAUCUCACUCUUGCCAUAUCUAUCUAUCUAUCUAUCUAUCUAUCUAUCUAUCUAUCUAUAAAAGUCUUUACAUAUCCAUCUCUCUAUCAUCUAUCUAAUUCUUUACAUAUAUCCCUUUCUCACUUUUUACAUAUCUAUCUAUCUAUCUAUCUAUCUAUCUAUCUAUCUAUCUCAGUCUUUACAUAUCCAUCUCUCUACCAUCUCACUCUUUACAUAUAUACCUAUCUCACUCUUGUCAUAUCUAUCUAUCUAUCUAUCUAUCUAUCUAUCUAUCUAUCUAUCUAUCUCAGUCUGCUUAUAUCUAUCUAUCUAUCUAUCUAUCUAUCUACCAUCUAUCUCACUCUUUACAUAUCUCUAUAUCUCACUCUUUACAUACAUACCUAUCUGACUCUUGCCAUAUCUAUCUAUCUAUCUAUCUAUCUAUCUAUCUAUCUAUCUAUCUAUCUAUCUAUCUAUCUCAGUCUGCUUAUAUCUAUCUAUCUAUCUAUCUAUCUAUCUAUCUAUCUAUCUAUCUAUCUCAGUCUUUACAUAUCUAUCUCUCUACCAUCUAUCUCAAUCUUUACGUACAUAUCUAUCUCACUCUUGCCAUAUCUAUCUAUCUAUCUAUCUAUCUAUCUAUCUAUCUAUCUAUCUAUCUAA